AUGCUGCUGCAGAUGAUUCUCGACUCUCGCGACCUCAUGGACUCCCCCGACAGCAUCACCCACCGCAUGGGGUCUCUUGGGGGCCUCGGAGACCCAAGCAGAAGCACUGAACCCGCUACAUCAGCAGCAGGGAAGGCAGGCGGGGGCAUGGAUGCCGAAGAGUGUGGUGCCGUGUUUGCGCAGAGGAUCGGUGUAAUCUUUUGCGCCCUGUUCAACAUGUUCGUCGACGCUGAAGUGUUGGCCACAAUCCUGGAUGUUGCUGGAAGGCUAGCAGCAUCGGCUGCGUCUCCCGCGGAAUGGGCGUCGACCGAGCUCGGAGGUUUCGUCCACUUCUCCGACGACCGCAGCCGAGACCGUGUACACCUCCGGGAGGGAAUACUCGAUCCGUUCCCGCUGCUAUGUGAGGACACUCCAGCCAAGCGUAGAGGCCCGUGCAAGCUGGUCAACCCGCUUCUCCUGGUGACGGAGAGGAAAGGAGCGGCUUCUAGCCUGCACUACGGGGCUUUCCCGCUAGAUGCUUUCAAUACAGCGUCUUUGUGGAAGCUACGGCCCCAGAGCUUCCAAGACGAGUACGGCCAACAAGCACCGACGGUCACUAAGCCCCGAGAGAUGAACUCGCAAAUCGGCGGCGGAGGUUCAAGGGUCACCAGCAUUCCUACUAGCGUAGCACAGCAAGCCUGGCUGAGCGCUGCGCUAGAAGAGCUCGCCCAGAUGUGCGGGGCUCUGCUUCGAGCAACUGCCACGAGCAAUGCCGACUCGUCGACGGGGUCGCGCCUCAGCAUCAACGUCCACGUGGGAGAUGCACUCAACUUCUGUGAUGCGCUUUUGGCAUGCGCGCCCCCGACGAGGGGCUCAGCCGACGCCGAUGGUGACGCUCCGAAAGUGUCGGCGACACGAGGUUCGCCCGUUGCAUUCCAGCAAGACACACUGCAACCACUGCACCUAUGGGCGGGCGCUGUGACGGAAUUCGAUGUCAUCUCAUCUAGCAACCUUGCAGAUUAUCUCGGCAUAAUCAACGUAGUGGUGGCUUCUGCACCGCUCCUCAAGGCACACCAUCAUGCCGUCCUCCUCACGAGCUUCAUCUCCACUCUAAAAUCGUCAAAUCUGUUCCAAGGAACUCAGGAGUUCUACGAGAAGCUGUUGUGCAUGAACGCCCACACGGCAGCAGUGCUUCUAGUUGAUUAAGGGUAGACACCGCAGGUGCUGACUUCGCGGACAAACAAGUCUAUCGUAUGAAGCUUUUCGUUGACGGGUGAGCAUUGAGGCGUUCCCGUCCGCGAGUGCAACGAAAAUCCAGGCGCCAAAGCACCAAGGGACGAUAAACUGGUCCUACCGCCUAGAAACGAAAUGAUGCCCCAAGCCUGGGGUGCACGCCCGAUGAGCUACUGUGGCUCCAAUGUGCCCCCCCGUAUCCAGAAGCAUGCUCGAGGGUUCGGUAUUCCACCCUGCCAUCGAAAAACAAACAAUCCGUCUUGCCGUGUUUCAGGCACUCCCGGGCCUUGACGAGUGCCACCCGCCAUUCCACCCUUCAUCUCAAAUAAGCCCAGCGUGAUGCCCAUGCACUCUGGUGCCGUUCAGAUUGGUAUCUACAGAGACUACAGUCCCCGUCUAUCGAACAGUUGCCGCCGCCCUCCAUCACCGAUUACCACGUGAUCACCGAUGAUUUCAUGCUUCUGGUGUAGGUCGUGUUGCCGUCAACGCCGCCACUUAGAAGCUGCGGGAGUACCCGGGCAGACCGCGCGGCACGAUUUCGGGCAGAUCGUAGGCCAGCUGAACCCACGUGACGUCAUCGACGACGCGAUACACCAUCAAACCCACGAGCUGAGUGCGUUCCGGCAUGGCCCAGACCCAGGUUUUCAGGAACUUUGU